AGUCUACUGGAAUCUCUUGAAUAGUACAGAAGUAACUGUGAGAUAUGGAUUUAACUUUUACAAUUGCUCAAAGAAUUAUCUGUGAAAAGUCAAUCAUAACGCGUUCAGUUAUAAGAGUUGGUAUACCACAACGCGGAAGGUGAUAGUAUUCUACUUUUCGGUAGACUUACUUAGAGAUGAGUAAGUGUUCUGGUGAUAAGCUUAAAGUGGUUAUCAAAGUCCUCUGCUGAGCAGGUUGCUCAACUGCUUAAGCUUUAUGCGUAUAAAAGCACAUGAAAGUGACUACAAAAAGCCAUUUCUUGCCUGGAUGUACUAUCAAUUGGUUGAAAAGUGAUUAAGGAGACAAUUGAGUGAAAAAAUCAGAGAUAAUGCUUCUGUGGAGUGAUGUUGUGUUCUUUCUCGGAGCAAUAGUAGCCUUGGUUUAUUUCUUUUUCAAACGUAAAUUCACCUUCUGGGCAGAACAUGGAGUUCCUUAUGCUGAACCAAGUAUACCGUACGGAAAUAUUGGAGAUGUUGGGAAGAAGCUGCAUACAACAGAGCUUUUCCGGAAGUUUUACCGGGACUUCAAGGGAAAAACUCCAGUGAUGGGUUUCUACGCAAUGACUGCACCACAGGCUAUGCUAAUGGAUUUGGAUCUUAUUCAGAGAAUCUUCAUUAAGGAUUUUCAGUACUUCCAUGAUCGUGCUCAGUACUACAACAUCGAGGAUGAUCCUGUUUCGGCUCAUCUCUUUAACAUUGACGGAGAAAGGUGGCGAACUUUGCGUGCAAAAAUCUCACCAACAUUCACAAGUGGAAAGAUGAAGAUGAUGCUCCCGACCGUUGUGGAUGUUGCUAAUAACUUCCAUAGGACUCUUUUUAAGGAAAUUGGACGUGAAGCUGAAGUGGAAAUUAAAGAUUAUCUUUCACGCUUUAGUACAGACGUUAUUGGUUCCUGUGCCUUUGGACUAGACUGCAAUAGUCUUGAGAAUCCCAAUACAGAAUUCAGAAAAUAUGGAGAUAAGGCUUUCAGUACUCCAUGGUGGAAAGUUAUCAAAUUCAAUUUUGCCUCAUCUUUCAUGUCUUUAGCACGAAAGUUGCAUAUCACAUUAAUUGAUAAAGAUGUCUCCAACUUCUAUAGAGGCGUCGUUUACGAAACAGUAAAGUAUCGCGAAGAGACUGGAGUACAGAGAAAUGAUUUCUUAAACUUAUUGAUGCAAAUUCGUGAUAAGAAAGCCCAAGACAAUGAUAAUGAAAGUGAAGAAGGGAAGUUGACAAUGAAUGAGAUUGCAGCGCAGUGUGUUGUCUUCUUCUUGGCAGGUUUCGAAACAAGCUCAACUGCAACGACAUUUGCAAUGUACGAAAUGGCUAAGCAUCCGGAUAUUCAGGAGAAAGCCAGGAAGAACGUAAUGGAAACACUCGCAAAGUAUGGGGGAAAAUUUACAUAUGAAGCAACCAUGGAGAUGACUUACUUGGAUCAGGUUAUCAAUGAGACUAUGAGGAAAUACCCUCCCCUCGGCAGCUUAACGCGUCGUGUCACACAGGAUUAUCAAGUGCCUGGAACGAAAUGCGUACUAAAGAAAGAUAUAAGAGUGAUAAUACCUGUUCAUGCGAUCCAAAAUGACCCUGAAAUCUUCCCUGAUCCAGAUAAAUUUGAUCCCGAGAGAUUUUCUGCUGAGAAUGUGAAAAACCGCCAUAGUGCUGCAUUCCUACCCUUCGGGGAUGGACCUAGGAAUUGCAUAGGAUUGCGUUUUGGUAUGCUUCAGAUGCGCAUUGGCUUAGCCACAAUUCUCAAAAGUUUCCGCGUCACCACAUCAGCCCGCACACCAAAUCCACUCAUCAUUCGAAAGGAUACUUUUGCAAUGACUUCAAAAGGUGGAAUGUGGCUCAAACUGAAGAGAAUUUCCGAAUGAAUCAACUUGGAGCGAAAUUGAGAAAAGUUUAUCAAAGGAGGUUAAUCAUUUACAUUUUCACACUCCUCUGUACUCUCAAAGUUUGUUGGUGGGAAUUUAUAUUAAACUCCAGGAUAUUUUCUAAACUCAGGAAAUUUCAUGGAUUGAGUGAAAAUAAAGUUUUACCGACUAAUAA